GGAAAACAAACUUCGGGAUAGCGUUCGGCUUGCGAAGGAACUUGGGCUGACAGCCCAAACCUUGGAACGUGGGGAAUCUUGGAAAGUGACCCGUAAUACAUACGAAAUAACGUCUCCAACAAUUCCGUUCACAAAAAGAGAAGAAGAAAAAAAGACCGGCUUCGACCCCAAGUUUCUCUACCCGCCAUUAUCCUAAAUGGCCACCAGUAUAGCAUCGCCUAUAGCUAUCUCAGAUCCUUCCACAGCGAUGAAUCCCACAACAACAGAGCACGACUUUCGUUUCCCGCGAAGACCCUUCGAGUCCAACCAGUUGACCAAAACGAGUGCCGACGAGAACAGUCCCGGAGACUUGCGCAUACAGGAGCUCAACUUAGAUUUCACGAAACCUGAUAACUCGGUAAUGUUCGAUUUUCUACAUGGCUCGAGUUUCCCUAGCCUACAGAAUGACGCGGCCGGAAACAACGAGACCAUAGAACAGAUGCAGGAGAGCGAUCCGCUUGCAACGCAAGUUUGGAGGUUCUAUCGCAAUACGAAGCAAAACUUACCAAGCCAGGAGCGCAUGGUAAACCUGACGUGGCGCAUGAUGCACUUGAGCCUUCGGAGGAGGCAGCAGGCGGAAGAUGCUCGUCGCGCCGCUCUUCGUGAGUCUGGUAACGCCGCAGCGAAUAAUGCCAAUAUUCCCAGUGGUAUUGCGCAGCUUAGAAAAACUUCAGAUCAGAAUCUCGCACAUGCGGAUCCUAUGAAUCUUGACGAUUUCAUAUUUCCCGAGAAUGUGGCGACCCCGGCGGGAUUAGCGGCGACGCCCUCACCCGACGGGAGCAAACAAGAGGGGGAAAAGUCGGCUCACACCACAGCAGCCGCCAUCCCUAUCAAAUCCCGCAAAAUUUCCUCUCAGCAUUUCGUUCCCCAAUCUGUUCCAGUUCCUGCUCAUCAGAGAAAUCAGGAUGAAUUUGCGUAUGUGACUCGACAUCAUCGGAAAACUAGCAUCGACGAAAGGAGGACCCGGAACUUGAAACGCCCUGCUAACUUCUCUCCUCAUGUCUCUGCACUCAAUAGCAAUAAUUUCGUCGCCAAUGAGUUGGACGCCGAUUCCGACCUCCACGAAUAUUCUCUAGAUAGCUCUCACCCAAACAGCAACGCUCCUAUGUCUCACCACCCGGGCGUUCCCUUUCCUCUUGACACCUUCCCCAUGGAGAAUGACCCCAUCAUCACAUCAGCGGGGCCUUUUCAGCAAGGUUUUUCGUUCUCGCCUUCGACGUCACCAAUGGUGCCCCAUGGACCCUUUUCGAACUUUUAUAAUCAUCACGGCGUUCCUUCGAGCUCCGUGAAUGGCGCAGACUACUAUUCUCCCCCGGGAUCUGCGUAUCAGUCCGCAGUUUCUACACCACACCCAAUGGCCGAAAAUGAAAACAUGUUCUUCGGGUCGAUGGAUAUCCGUCAUCAACGAGCUCAAGGUUUUCGCUCUAACCAGGGAUCAAUGAGAAAUCAAAUGGCCCAGCAGUUUAUGCACCAACAUAAUGGUAAUUCGAUGUUCCCUCCGGCUACUACCGGGGCGGAAUCGUCCACCUCGUUUACCCAGACUCUUAAUUUUGGCCAUGUUGAUCCAAGCCAAGUUUUCCAGUCUGAUCACCCAGUUCGAUCACCUGGAGUUGGGAUGGCGCACGAAAAUAUGUUCAAUUUUGGGGCUGACUCUGACAAUGAGGAUGAAGAUGGGGGUGCAUUCGCUGAUCGAAAUAUGGGGAUGCAUCAAGCAUUCUCGCCCGAUAAUGAUAUGGAUAUGGGCAAUCAGAAUUCCUUAGGAUGGGAUGCUUCUUUGCCUGGGCAGUUUAGCACACAGGCGGCUCGUUAUCCCGGUGGACCUCCCCGUAAGCAGGUUACUAUAGGAGGUACAACAACGGAUUAUCUGGAUUCCAAUGAUUGGGAUGGUCAAGGCGGUCUGCCGAGGUCCCAGUCGUUUCGGUCAACCGGCGAUAGGCGUCAGAAGAUUCCUCGUACGGCUUCUACACCGAAUGCUAACAUGGGCGGCCGCGGAAAUCCAUUCGACAAAUUGGCCCAGUCGAACCCGAAUUCCCCACCAGGAGAUGUGUCAGGAAACGUAUCUGGCUUCUCUUCCGUGGCACCCAGUCGACCUGCUUCCCCGCCCGGUUCUAAGCAUGGCUCCACGAGCAACCUGCAAGCUGCCGCAGGAGGCCAAGGAGAUGGAAACGCGCCUACUACUUGUACCAACUGUUUUACGCAAACCACACCGCUAUGGCGUCGGAAUCCAGAAGGCCAGCCUCUUUGCAACGCCUGCGGUCUAUUUUUGAAGCUUCACGGAGUUGUGAGACCUCUAAGUCUAAAGACCGACGUUAUCAAGAAACGUAACCGUGGAUCUGGUGCGAGCCUUCCGGUUGGCGGUACAAGCACAAGAUCCAAGAAGAAUACUGGAAAUGUUCCAGGUAACGCUUCUGGGCCUACUUCGCGUAAAAAUUCAACUUUGACUAUGUCUACUACAAACAAUACAGCGCAAGUAACAACCCCACCAUCGGCAACUAACAGAGCCGGCAGCGUCAACGAGGGUGAAAGUCCCGCAAGUGGUGCUGGCGGUUCUGGUGGUAACACGGCAGGUAGUACGCCAACGAGCUAUGCAGGUUCUGCCACUGGCGCCGUAGGUGGCAAAGGUGUUGUGCCAAUUGCGGCAGCUCCCCCGAAGAACGCGCCAGGACCAGGCGCCGCCUCACUCCCUCGAACUAUUAGUACCAGUGGCUCGUCCAAACGCCAGCGCCGCAGUAGCAAGAGCACUGGUCCCAACGAAUCUAGUGGUAUGGAUGUUGACAGCCCCGAGAAUUCGACGGGUUCGAAUGAAGCAGCUCGCUCCACCGGGUCUUCCAGCGGGUUUACUAGUAUGUCCAACCCGGGAACUUUAGGUCUUGCAAACGGUUUCGGUAUGACCCAAAGACCAAUGAUGGGACCCGGGAUGGUCGGGAUGUCCACAACUCCUAGUGGUGUAAUGAAUUCUAGUUCUGGAAACGGUCCACAAGAAUGGGAGUGGUUGACGAUGAGUCUUUAAAUAAUUUCGGGAGUUAUUAGACGUCCCUCCUGUGGUUAUUUACGACACGGGCUUGGAUUUUACCCAAUUACGCAUUCAUUCAAAUGAGUUUGCUUGGAUCAUGUGCGGAGGCUAUCUGAUUUCGGCUAAUCGCACUCAA